AUGUCGCCCCCUCCUGAUCCGCAGCACAUGCUGGCCAAGUCGGUGAUAACGAAAGCGCUGACUUCGUUUCCGUCAAGAGAUUAUGACUUGCUGGUUUGCUUCUCUUCGCCCGUCUUUGCCAACUUUUUACUGUUCGUCGUUCCUGUCUUGCUGCUUUGGUGCUCUUUCGGAGGUCGUCGUCUUUUUCCUGGUGGUCGUUGGCAAGUUUCGAAAAGUGUCUGUGUCAAUCCAUCCACAAACGCUAACUCUUUCAACCACUGA